CACUUUGAAACUUCUGAAGUUGGACUGCUUGCGAGGUGUUUAUGUGUUCCGCUUGUGUCCAUUCGUGUGGGGAAGGUGGUCAAGCAAGGGUCAAUGCUGUGUCCGACUUCUAAUAGGUAAAUUGGACGUUCUAUAUUGAUCUCUGAAUUAAGAAGAAAUGAAGGUAGUUUCAUACCCUGACGUUAUAUAUAAUAUGCUUCGUCUGCACUCCGUAUCAGGACCCUUUUUUCUUUUGAUCCUGUAUCAUCUUUGAGAUUCUUGUUUUCUUUUGGGCAAUUUUGUGGAAUUGUCUUAUAUAUAGUAUCAAUUAUUAAUUUUAUCAAUUUCGGUUUCUUUAUUGAUAUUACAAACUUUUACAAUUACCUUGGUGUCCUUGAUACUGUCUACCAGGUGUUAUUGCCUGUAGACCUUGUGCGCUCUUGAAUUUGUCAAUGUUGCUUUAGAGAGCAUUGAUAGUUGUAGCCUUGUAGGUAAUUUUGAAGUGUCCCUGGAUUAAUCUCUUAGGAACUAAUCGUAGUAAGCCUUUUUCUACUAUUUAUAUGAGAAAAAUUGCAAUUAGUAACCGCUGGUCUGUUUUAUUUUUAAGCUCAUUUUGUCAGCGUUGUUUUCAUAAUUUCUUUUAGUCUCCUAUGAAGACCAGAGAUUACGUCACAUUAUACAUAAGACUACUUUCCGUGUCACAUCUAUCUCUUGCUAGAACAUUUUUUUUUGCUGUGCAUGAAGUCCCAAUAUUAGCAAUAGUAAAUAGUGGAUAAGUAGCAGUAGUAAUUGCUGGUUGAAUUAAUAUGAAAUUUCACAAUUUUAUCGUAUUAAAAUGGGUAAUAUUCUGAUUCAGUUUGAUAAAAAUCUUGUACUUCUUGACGCAUAGCGAAUACUUUCAUUUUCCAUGCUGUGAUUAUGUAUCAGAAUCUACUUGUUAUAAUGUUCAUUUGUCUCGUGUUUGAUUUUACUGUCUGGAUUCUUGGUCUUGUGUUAUCUGUGUCUUUUUUUCUAGAUCUGGAACUUUUUUUUAUUGAAGCUCAGUAUGCUUUACCUUGUCACAGGGGAAGUUUAAACCUUACUCUUCUUCCAUCAUCUGAUUUGCGUCUCUCAUUUGUUGGGGACAAUGGGGAGACUGAAAGACUAGCAACUUUGAGUGAUACUUCUGAGUGUUCUGCUGUGAUAGUUGAGGAAAUAUCUGCAGAUCAGUCUGGUCGUUCGUUUAUAAUGAAGCUUCCUGAUGGAGAAGCCUUCUAUUUCUGGUGCUCUGAGAAAUCAAUGCUACUUGGAAAUGACUUGCUUUUGAAGAUGAAGGAUUUGCUGAAGGGGAAACCAACAUUGGCUGAACUAACUGGCAUUAGUGAAUCACGUCUUGAAUGCUUUGCAACUCAUCUACGUUCCUAUCUUGUUGGAUCAAGUGUCAACAAUUUUAGAGCUUCUUCCAAGGCUUUGUCUACUCCCUGGGCCGACACAAGAGCAGAUAAUGAUGAAAUAGGUCAAAACACCGAGUCUUCCUCAACAUCUGUGAGGCUAAUGCGUACCAGACAGUGUAGUGGUCCAAUGAAAGGGCACACACAGUAUCAAGGCAGCCUUAGUCCACGGCCCAGUUUAUUCAAAGAAGGCUCACCAAGGGUUCUUACAUCCAUGAGGAGUACCUCGAGAGAGAAAAUAAGGCGACGUGGCGAUCUCUUUCUUCCUGUUGGCAGCUCAUUGGUGACUGAAGCUGUGCUAGAUAUUUCUGAGAAGGGCAUGCUGACAGAAUCUUUCACGACCAACACAGCAUCUCCAUUGGGCUUUUUGGAAUCACUUGGGAACAGCAGCUUUCCGGAGUCUCUAAAUGUAACUGCACAAAUCCCUCCCAUUGGGUCUUUUUUCUCUCCGUACUACUGUUGGUGCCCUCCUCGCACCUCUCCAACUGUGGCAUCGAUUGCAAAUCUCCCCACCUCAUUUUCUGAACCUUUCUCCCUACCGCCGCUCUCCACUCUUUUACCUGCGACAGGAACCCACAGCAUGCUUCCACAAUUUCCCCCACUUGACCUGGUAAGUGGGUCGUCUCUAGAAUUUCCUUCCUUGCUGUCCGAUCCUUUGACACGGCUUUCCUUCUCCAAGCAAAGCACGCAGCUUCCAACCUUUACGCCGCUAAUGUGUGACCCCAUUGUGCACAUUCCUGUUGUUGACUUUUGCUCUUCAGGCCAAGGCUACUUGGUGAGUGCUGGGCCUGGUAUUGCCUCCAGCAUUCCGCCAUUAUAUCCCAAUUUGGUGGGCCCGAUAAUGACUGAGAAUGAAUCAAUGUUGGAGAAAGGUGCCAGAGAGACCUUGAGGCUGUUGAUUGGAGGCUCAAGCAGCCAACCCUCUGCCUCACUAAUGAGUGUUUUCCCUUCUGUUCUGAAUGACAAGGAAAAUCAAGGUGUCGUAGUUACUGGAAGCCGAGGUCUCUACAGUGGAAUCAGCGAUGUCAAUGCCAUGGUUAACAGCUUUGCAGCGGUGGGAUUAUCUUCAGUUUCUGGAAGAUCGUCAAGAGCUGUUAGCUUGAAGAUCAACUCCACUUCUUCAGGUGCUGUUGAGCAUACAUAUGGCAGUCUAGAUCUUCAGGAUUCUGCUUUCAUGUCCACUGAGGAGGAAAAUGAUUGAUUAUGGUCCAUUUUGCUUUAUUUCUUUUGUAUUCCUUUUUUCCUGGCCAAGAAAAUAUGGUUAAAAGAAAAAAAGACCUGUAGAUAUAACUAGCAGCUGUUAGGUUUUGCCGAUCUACAAUGUAAGUAUGUAAGUCUCUUGUUCAACCCAUUUUGUUGGCAAUCAUUAAUGUGAAUGAAUGUAUAUCAUUUUGUACUUCAA